CACCGCCAUGCACGCGGUUUCCAUAACAACCGUGGGCACCGGGAGGCCGCGACCCGGAAGAAGACGGCCCUCCCGGGGGCGUGCCAGAAACGCGAAGAUGACUUCCGGGUCGCGGCGGCGCGGGCGCUCACGUGGGCAGGCCUGGCCCGCGGGUGGACCAGGAAUGGUUACCAAGACUCAGAAAGUAGACCUGGGCCCCCAGCUCCCAGAGAAGAAGAAAAAGAAGAAGAAGAAAAAGAAGGUGGCUGCAGAGGUCACAGAUCCAGAGACUCAAUACUCAGUCUUAAACAGUAAUGAUUAUUUUGUUGAUGGCUCUCCUCCAAGGGCCACGUCCCCCUCUAACAAUGUGGGUGAAGGGCAGGUCUCUGAGAUGCCACUGGGCAAGAGAAAGAAGAAAAAAAAGUCCCCUAGUGCUCACUUGGGGGAGCGCCUGGAGUCUGAGGCCACAGGAGCAGGACGGAAAAAGUCCCGCAGCCCUAAAAGGCAGGUCCGUGAGCAGUCAGCAGAGUGCCUCAGUGGAGAGAAGAAAAAGAAGAGGAGGAAGUCCUUACCACAGGCUACCUCCCAGUGCUCGGGGUUGAAGACCUCCCUAGACCCCAAGCACGCUGAGAAGGUAAGCAAAGCUGGUAAGAAGUCCAAAAAACACAGGAAAGAAAAAAAGGUUCUGAACACUGAAGCCUUUCCUCCCCAGGACCCUUGGCUCUGUGAGGCUGGGGAUGCUCUGCACCCAUGCUCAGAGUGGGCAGAGGCCGGGGAGCAGGCAGCCUUGGGGCAGAAAAGGAAACAGGGGAGAUCCAGAGAGCACAGCAUGAAGAAGAAAAAGAAGAAGAGCCACCAAGAGGGAGACAUCCUCCCAGUCCACUCCAAGCUCUCCAUGGAGAACGGCCUGAAGAAAGGAAGUAAGAAGUCAGUCAGAAGUGAAGCUUUGGACUAUAUCCCUAUAGACAGCCCAAAGGCCUCUGGGAAGAAAGGCAAACCCAAGAAAAAGGUGGAUCAGCCGGAUGGUGAAGGGCUGGCCAUGAGAAGGAAGAAAAAGAAGAGGAAAGAGAGUGAAGUAAAGGAAGACCCUGGGCAGGAGGAAGAAGAGGAGUCGGACACAGACCUGGAGGUGGUACUGGAAAAAAAAGGCAACAUGGAUGAGGCCUGCAUAGAUCAGCAGAAGAUGGCUUCCACCGCAGGAGGAAGGGUGAGGCGGAAGGCCUUGCAAGAAGAGAUUGAUCGUGAGUCGGGCAAGACAGAGGCUUCAGAACCCAAGAAGUGGACGGGAACCCAGUUUGGCCAGUGGGACACUGCUGGCUUUGAAAACGAAGAACAGAAGCUGAAAUUCCUGAAGCUUAUGGGUGGCUUUAAGCAUCUUUCCCCAUCAUUCAGCCGCCCUCCCAGCAUGUCUAGCAGGUCCAACAUGGCCCUGGACAAGAAGUCUUCAGACACACUCCAGCAGAAUCUCCAGCGGGACUAUGACCGGGCCAUGAGCUGGAAGUACAAUCGUGGGACUGGCCUGGGCUUCUCCUCUGAGGCCCGCAAGGUCUUCUACAUUGACCGGAACGCCUCCAAGUCUAUCAAGUUGCAAGAUUAAAUUUUAUUGUUCUGUUCCUGUUCUUGAUCAGUUUUGCAUCUGCCAAGUUGGUCUGAAUUAAUCACCUGCAGAUAAUUGAGGACCACCCACGAUGAGUUUUGGACAAGCAGGUGGAAGCUGCUUGUGUGUCAGGAGCCAGUACCAGUGGCUAAAACCUCGUAUUUUCUAUAUUAAACCUUCCAUCUCUUUGGGUGAAAGUGUUUUAAGUAAUAGUAGCUAGCCGUUGUUGACAUAUGCAGGGCCCUGACUAAAGUUUUCCUGCAUUGAUGUCUUUAAACCUAAUUAUGGAAUGGGUGCUAUUCUCCUCUCCGUCUUCUAGAUGCCGAAAGUUAAGUUCAGGGAUAAAGUAAUAAAAUUGCCCAGCGUCACCUUCCA